GACGACCACAACACGAACACCUCUAGUACCGCUUAAGCUUUACUAUUUCCAUCGUAGUUGUUUAUCUGUUUGCGUCGUGAAAGUUGAUGUAGAAAAAGUAUUUUUUUUAUUACAUUUAAUUAAAAUAUAAUGCGAUAUUCGCAGUAGUUAUUCGUUCGUAUGAAAUGACUGAUAAAUCUAAAACAAUGAGCCACGUAAAACACAUUCCGAAAGAUGCCCAAGUUAUUAUGUCCAUCAUGAAAGAUAUGGGAAUUACGGACUAUGAACCGAAAGUUAUCAAUCAAUUACUUGAAUUCACAUAUCGUUAUGUUACUUGUAUACUAGACGAUAGCAGAAUAUAUGCUAAUCAUGCAAAAAAGAAGUUCAUCGAUUUAGAUGAUGUAAGAUUAGCUGUUAAAAUGCAAUUAGAACGUUCUUUCACUAAUCCACCACCGAGGGACGUGUUGUUGGAUGUAGCUCGUGCCAAGAAUACUGUGCCAUUACCAUUCGUUAAGCCCAAUAAUGGUUUGAGAUUGCCACCGGAUAGAUAUUGCUUAAACGCAACUAAUUACAAAUUAAAGAAUGCUACUAAGAAAACUGUUACAAAGCCAAUUCACUCUUUGGUCGGUAAUAAUAUAUCUGGAGGACAAUCAAGAAUCAAAGUAGAAGGAAAUAAGACUGGUCUUUCAAUAGUCAAAAGACCGGGUACUUUGACCACUGUUGCCAGAACGCAGACUAUUUCUAUACCAAAGCCUGUAUUAAAAUUCUCAACCGCACCAACAGGGACAGCCACUGUUAAAGCACAGGUAACGAAACCAAAAAUACAGGUUUCAUCCGGACAAACUAUGCCACCUAUCAAAAUGGAAACAGAUGACAUUUUGAAAAGAAAAAGGGAAGAUGAUGACUAUGAUGUUUCAUAACAGUACUUAGUUAUCGAUAUAACAUAAUAUUUGUAUUUCUUGUUUUACUCAUAUUUGUUAUAGUUAGAAGUACAUAAAUUGUUGUAUAUGUUUAAAAUUAAUUGUUUGUAUUUAAUUUUAUUAUAAAAAAUAAGUACAUAGUUUAUCAUUAGACAUUACUUUUUUUAGUUAGCUUAUGUAAUGAUAAAGUAUUAAUAUUUUUCUUUUAUGAAUGAACAUAAAAAAUAAAUACAAUUUCA